GUCAUGACGAGACGCAGGCGCGCGCGGGGGGAAGCAGAGAAGCAGGAACAGCAAAGUGGAACCGAGGGAUGGUCGUGACUAGCAGUGACAGCUUUGUUUGGAAACAUUUGGGCAUGUGAAUACAGAAUGAAUAGAUCUUUUAGAAGAUGUCAGCGUAUAUCCUUUGCAUAAUAAACGACUAGACGACGAAAAUAAGCUGACUCUAGAAAUAAAGAGCAAAUUAAAUGGCUAGCAGCUGAAAUCUGGGAUGCUGUCGUCGACAUGUCUAGUAAAGAAAGUUCAGAAGGAAAAAAGGGGUCCCACCGGACAGAGUUGUAUGCACAGGUCCCAGCAACAUGUCUGCCAAUCGUUUACUCACCUGUGUAUAACAUCACCUUCAUGGGUCUGGAGAAACUCCAUCCAUUUGACGCUGGUAAAUGGGGCAAAGUCAUCCACUUCUUAAAAGAGGAGCAGUUCAUCACAGAUGAGACCAUUGUUGAAGCAAGGGAGGCCAGUGAGGAGGAUCUCCUGGUGGUUCACACCAAACGCUAUCUGAGCAGACUCAAGUGGUCUCUGGUGGUUGCCACCAUCACAGAAAUCCCUCCUCUCGUUUUUCUGCCCAACUUCUUGGUGCAACGCAAGGUGCUGAGACCGUUACGCACCCAGACUGGCGGCACUAUUAUGGCUGGAAAGCUCGCCAUGGACAGAGGAUGGGCAAUUAACGUGGGAGGAGGCUUUCACCACUGUUCCAGCGACAAGGGAGGGGGUUUCUGUGCGUACGCCGACAUCACACUUGCUAUUAAGUUUCUGUUCGAGCGAGUGGAGGGCGUCUCCAGGGCCACCAUCAUCGAUCUGGAUGCUCAUCAGGGAAAUGGACAUGAGAGGGAUUUCUUGGAUGACAGACGGGUUUACAUAAUGGACGUCUACAAUCGGCACAUCUACCCUGGGGACGGAUACGCCAAGAGGGCCAUUAAGAGGAAAGUGGAGCUGGACUGGGGCACAGAAGACACCGAGUAUCUCCAGAAGGUGGAGCUCCACUGUGAGGGCACAUUGAAUGAGAUCAGACCUGACGUAAUUGUGUACAAUGCGGGUACUGAUAUCCUGGAUGGUGAUCCUCUUGGAGGCCUGGCCAUUUCCCCUCAGGGCAUCGUGAAGAGAGAUGAGAUCGUGUUUAGGGCUGCACGGAGGAGAGGGAUCCCCAUUCUCAUGGUGACGUCAGGCGGCUACCAGAAGAAGACAGCACGUAUCAUUGCUGACUCAAUCCUGAACCUGCACAGACAGCAUCUGAUUGGUGGAGAGGUGUCGGAAGAGGCGGGGCAGUCGAUGGUGCCAGUCAUGAUGAGCAAGUCUGUGUCAGCAGGGGCAACUUUCAAUGCCAUCUGACGUUUACAUCUAGCUCUUACUGGCCUGUUUGUUUAAAGUUAGAAGCACUGUCCUCAUUUUUUGUUUAUUAACAGAAACAUUUAAUCCUGAUAAGGUGUGGGGUGAUCCAAGGAACUUUAUUCUUCAGUUUUAGUGAGGGAAAGUUUAUAUAUUUUUAACUGCUUCAGCCUAUACAACUUUAACCCAUGGUACUUUAACAAUGAAUUAAACCUUCUAGAUGAGAUUUUAAUUCUUUACAUUGGUACUUUAUGCAAUGCUUAUUUGCACAAUUUGAAUUUUAUUUUAAAUGAUGAUAACAAAAGCUACAGCCAUUCCAAGCGAGGAAGCAGUUUCUAAAUUUACUGUACUAUACAAAUUUCUUCUACAUUACCAAAAGUCAUUUGGUACGAAGUACUCCUGUUUAUUAUAAGAGUCUAACCAUAAUCUUUACGUGCAUUGCUCAUCGUUUUAUUACUCUUAUUACAUUUCUAUACUGUUCUAAAUGUAUAAAGCCAUAAAUAAUGCCAAUACUCCAUGCCCCAGGUCUAGCACAAUCCAACAGCCGUAUCCUUAGAGUUAGUCUGCAAGUUUAUUGGCUUGGCUUUGUGCGACUGACCAACUGAAUGUGUUCUUCUGAAGAGGAUUGCUUGCCUCUUACCCAGUUUGCCUUUUUCAGCAGACUUCAUUUAACAGUGUUUUUCAUGAACCAUAACCCUCUCCGUGCCCCCGGCAAGUCCUUGCAAGUUCUUCUUCUUCAUGCUGACUCAGCAUCUACUUUUAGAUAUCCAGCAUUGAGGUAAUAUAAAUUAUAAAUAUGUGCAGUCCUCUUAGGUGAUGCUCAAUCCACCUCAAAAAAAGCGUAGCUGCUCAAGGCCUCUCCUGACCAGAGGUAUCCUCUUACUACCAUUUAGCAAUUUAUUUUAUCAAAACACUCAAUGUUGACAAGCUAAGAACAAAAUAAUUAAGUGGAGUUAGCAAGAAAUGGCCUUUGAAAACAAGGUCGUCUUGUAAAGUUUAGCUGCCAUCUGCUGGGUUUCGUGCUUGGCUGCUGGAGUGAGAUUGGGAAUAGCUACUAAUAAGUGUGAUGAUAGUGUAUGAGAGUAAGAUGAAAGAUUGAAAUACUUUAGCUUGCAGAUAGAUUGCCAAGGCUAAUUUUAUAGCUCCUUGAGGAAGAUUGAGUAUAGGUGCAUGCAAUUUCAAGAUUCAGUACUCUAAAUGCAACUUUUUAGCAGGUAUUUGGUCAAUAAAAGUGUCGUUACCACUACUUAAUAACGCACAUUAACAUGAUCAUUCUCUUUGCUUUGUAUUGAUUUUGGUGAUGUGUACCUUAUUGACAUGAAUAUACUUUAAACUGAUUCCUGCACUUAUACCCCUCUCAGGGGAGCUUAUUCUGAUCUUUCUGGAGGUCUAUUCAGGUGUGUGUAAGUGUUUAAAUACUCAUGUACCCACUUACUGUACUGUAUGUCCAUGCACUACAUGUUGUGGCGCCUAAAAAAAAGAGCCAUGAUAUAAUAUGCAUUCUUAUUUUUUUUUUUGGUAUCUGGCAUUCAGAUUUAAAUCACUUGUGUGUGAGAAUGGGACAAAUAAAUCAAAUCUAAUUACAUGA